UCAAAUUGCUGCUGUUGUUGCAGUUGGCCUAAACACGCUGCAGCAGGCGUAGCGAACACUUUGAUUUGCGGUUGUAGUUGCCGUUGUUGUCGUUGUUGCCGCCUGACCCUGGCCUCUGCGGCUGUCAAGUGAAAACUGUGAGCGAAAUCACCAAGUCGACUGGCUGUGAAAAUCGCUAACGGAUUAAGUCGCUUACCCAGAACGAGGAUUGCAGCAAAAUCCGCAGCAACUACGCACAGCAAAUACAAUAUCAUCUGACAGAUUGUCGCCCACGCAUCGCCAUCGUCGUCGCCAUGGAGCCAAAGUUGUUAAAACAAUUGCUGCUCAAGAAUCACCAGGAGGCCAUACAUCAGUCGCAGUCACACUUCGAUUGCCAUUCCAUGGCAGAUAGUCGGGAACGCAUCCGUGGACCGUCGCGGGAUGGACGCGAAUUUCUGACCAGUCCACGUCAGGUGCUGCGCCGGCUCAUGCUGCUCUCGGAGGGGCGACAGUAUCGCGAGGCGGCGGGCGUGGUUGGUCGUCUGGGCCCAUCGGUGCUGCACUCGGUGAUUGCGGAGCUGCCCAUUGAUCUGCUGCUGGAGCAUCUGCCACACAGCGCCUAUCUGCUCGAGUCCUUCUACACAAGGCUGACCACAUUGAAUAGCACACCCAAGCCGGAUGUGCCCAGUGAGACGGUUGUCUGGCAGCUGGUGCGUCUCUUCGCCAAUCCCCAUGAGAGUGGAUUGAGGCAGCGCUGUUCCAAGCUGACGCAGGCCCUGGCACAGUAUGAGCCGGGUCUGCGUCAAAGUCUGCGGGAGCGGAGACGCAGCUUUGACAAUGCUGUGCAGGGAUUGGGUGUCCAUGGACUGACCACAGAUGCAGGCGCAGCGGGUCAGUUAAUAUCACUGCAUGUGGCAUUGAAGACUGAGCUGCAGCGACACGUCGAUACCUAUAAGAUGGCCAUACACAAGCUGGAGGAGCUGAGCAUGGUGACGGUCAAUCAGGAUCCGGCACACUCCUCGCACCAGCGUCUCUUGGCCAUCAACUAUGGCGAUAUACAGCAGCGACUGAUCGACAACAAGACACUGCUUACGAUGCUGGAUAAGCCGGCGCUGAAGCAACUGCACACCCUGGUCGAGAACCUGAGCACACGUGUGGAGAACGACAAGGAUGUGCUCUCCUGUGUGGGCCAGGUUAAGCGAGUGGAUGCCCAGGCACACAUUGAGAAGCGUCCCGCUGCCGGUCUGCUCAUGAAUUUCUCACGCGGCUGCGAGGUCGUGCUCCACAUGAUGGGGCCCGAGAGUGUGCCCCCCAGCCCUGUGGCAGCUGUCAAAGUGAAUGCCACGGGCAGCGCCGGCGGCAGCAGCUGCAGCGAUGGCUAUCAUUCUGAUGAUUCCACCAGCGAGGAUGGCAGCGAAAUGGUGUCACACUAUCGAAAUCUCUACAUCGAGAACCGAGCGGACGCCCUGGAGGCGUUGGACAGCAUGCCACAGCUGAAGCAUGUGCACAGCUUAAAGGCCAAGAUACUCUUCUCCAUGAUUGUGCUUUCUUUUCGGCUGUGCCACGGCAUGCGGGAGCGCAAGGUGCUGGAGGUGCGCCGGGUGCUCAACUGUCCGCUGGACAGCAGCAGCGAGACGACCCUCGCCUUGGACCGAUCAGUGCGACAUCAUCUGCACGAGACGACCGACAGCUUUCCGCUUGGUGAGAUCGAGCGAUCUGUAUUCAAUCAGGUGCUCUCCACACUGCACGAGUAUCCCUGCCUUGAAUCCUGUCCCCCACUAACGCACUUCGUCAGCGCCUGUGUGCGAUUGGCUUGGCGCAUGAUCAAUCAAAAGGCGCCCUACUAUCUGGACACUGAUUUCAAUCUAGGUUUCCUUCGUCCAGAGAAGCACGAACGCCAUCCACAAUCGGAUCGCCGCUCGGACCUCAUCAAGGCGUUCUUGUGGCCCGCUCUGAUGCAGAACAAUCAGUGUGUCUUCAAGGCCAUUGUGGCAACUUAG